AGAAGAGUUUAAGAAUAUUUGUAUUUCUGUUACAUAAUUGUCGUGUCGUGUCCUGUGAUUAAAUUUAAACUUAACGCCAUGAAUCAAAGAAAUUAAAAACAAGAACCAUGUGCAACCUGUAAUUCAUUUUUAGUUGACAAGAAUACCCUUCAUUCUCUUCUCCAUUAUCCCCUAACAAAAUGCCAAACCAGACCAAAACCCUCUCUUCUUCUAACGCCAUUGCUUGUAGUGCAAGUGCCACUUAAAGCACUUAUGCUUCUUAAGUAACUACAAUACCCUUAAUACCCAUUUCUUCUUUUUUUCUUUCUUUAAAAACCCAUAAAAAUAUUCAAACUUUUAAAAAAAAUUAAUUUCUUGUCCUUCAUUUGUAUUUUCAUUGAAAAAAAAGGAGAUGGGUAUUGGUACCAGUAAUUUUGUGAUCAGAUGGAUCAAUUUUCUCACCAUGCUUUUAUCUAUAGCUGUCAUAAUUUUUGGGAUAUGGAUGAGCACACAUCAUGACAGCUGCAGAAAAUCUCUUACUCUUCCUGUUCUAGGCCUUGGUGGUUUCAUCUUCAUUAUAUCAAUCGUUGGUUUCAUGGGCGCGUUGAAGAACAACUCGAUACUGUUAUGGAUUUAUCUGGUUAUGCUCUGUAUUAUCUUGGUGGCAAUUCUGGUUUUCACCGUGUUGGCGUUUAUCAUAACAAAUAAUGGAUCCGGACAUAAUGCCCCUGGGUUGAGGUACAAGGAGUAUCAACUUCAGGAUUACAGCUCAUGGUUUCUUAAACAGUUGAAUAAUACCAAAAACUGGAAGCGCUUGAAGAGCUGUCUUGUUAAAUCAGAGGACUGCAAUAAUCUAUCCAAAAAAUAUAAGACUCUUAAGCAGUACAAGUCAGCAAAACUGAGUCCUAUUGAAGCCGGUUGCUGCAAGCCACCAUCCGAAUGUGGCUAUCCUGCUGUCAGUGCUUCAUACUUCGAUUUGAGCUUCCACCCCGUUAGCUCAAGCAAAGACUGCAAACUUUAUAAAAAUUCUCGUGCUAUCAAAUGCUACAACUGCGACUCCUGCAAGGCCGGCGUUGCACAAUACAUGAAAACUGAGUGGAGAGUCGUUGCAAUCUUUAAUGUGAUUCUAUUUGUUGUACUGUCAAUCAUAUAUUUCGUGGGAUGCUGUGCGAGGAGAAAUGUUGGUGGGAAUCAAUCUAAAGCUUGAAAAGAUUUGAUAAUUAAUUACUGUUCCUGAAAAUGACAUGAUUCAUCCCUUUGCUGAUCUUAGCUCUGUGUCCAGAGCAAUGAAUUGAAAGUUUGUGGGUCUUCUUCUCAAAGGUUUGGUAUUAGUGCACUACAAUUUGAUGAAAAGCCUUGUCUAGCCAUAAUUAGAAGUUGGUUGGCAACUAUCCUCUUCCACUGGCACCAUUUGAUGGUCAUGGAAUCUUGUACUAAUUGCAGAGUGAAUCAUUAUGAGCUGUAACUUAAUUCUCAUUAAUCCAAAUUAUUAAUCUUUUCUUAA